AUGGGAGUUGGUUUCCUUGUCUUGUCUGCCAAUAAAAAUUCCCUUGCUGUUUUAUCUGUAAGCCUUUUGAAUCAGCAAGUUAUUCUUGAGAAGAUACAAUCUGCAGUGGAGUCAAAAUUGAGAAACUCCAAUGAGGCAAGGACAUUUCAAGAACAGACAGUUGGUGUGGUAGAUCCCUCUCCGUCUAGUCCUAUGCUUAGGAGCAAAGAUUCCCCAAUUAAUCCCUCAGCUUCUGGGACAAAAUUGCAAAAAGUUCCAAUUCACAAAAUGGUACGAACAGAUUCACUGGAUCCUGCAGGGAGGUUGCAUGCCUACUUGCAAGUUAAACUUCCUAGCCAUCAUGAAAAUAAUUCCAGUUUGACAUCUGUGAGGUCAUCUAUCCGACAAAGGAGGAACCCAAGGAAGCUGCCCGAUCUAACUAGGAUUCAGGAGCUUAUUGAUGACAUUGAUAACAAAUGCCAUUCUGCUCUGCUGGACAUUGUAAGACACUGCACCUAUAUUGGGAUGGCAGAUGAUGUGUUUGCUCUGCUUCAGCAUAAUACUUACUUGUUUCUUGCCAAUGUAGUGACUUUGUGGACUGACCCACUUGCAGGUUCUGAAAUUUAUGCCUCCAUGUAUCAGCAAGUGCUUCGUCGGUUUGCUCAUUUUAAUGCAAUACAACUAAGUGACCCAGCCCCACUGCCUGGGUUGAUUAUGCUGGCAAUGAAAGAGGAGGAUGUAGACCUAGAGUGCAAUGAAAAGGAUGAACUGAAAGAAAAGAUUGCAGAAAUGAACACAGAGCUGCUCAAGAAUAAAUCUGAGAUGCUAGAGGAAUAUUUUUGCAUCUAUGUUGAUUCACAAGGUAACUUGUCUAGGCUUCCUGUCAUACUUGACCAGUACACACCUGAUAUGGACGGGGUCCCAGAAUUUGUACUUUGUUUGGGAAAUGAUGUUGACUGGGGGGAUGAGAAAAGUUGCUUCCAAUCAAUUGCUGCUGCUCUUGGAAACUUUUAUGCCAUGCAUCCACCUUUGUUGCCCAAUCCAUCAGGUGAUGGUUUGCAAAUUUACGAGAGGAGGAAACCAUUCAGAAGUCCCCAAGCAGAAGAAAAUUCCAUGAAGAAUACUGUUAUGGAGGACGAAAAUGAGCAUGAACUAAUUUCCGAGGCAGAGACUGCCUGGGCCCAGCGUGAAUGGUCAAUCCAGCAUGUCUUAUUUCCAGGUAUUUUUGUGGAUUCCCUCUGGAAUGAUACCAAAUGUUACUCUGAUGUGCAAGUUGCUUCACUGGAGAAACUUUACGAGAUUUUUGAAAGAUGCUAACAAGAAUAGUUUGGUUCCAGACCUCAUGACAGAGACAACAGUUGAUGCAACACAUCUUCCAGGAGCAGCCAGCAUCCCUGAAGGCUGGUGGAGAAAAUUGUGUUAGUAAGCAUGUUAGGUGUCAGUAAAUAUACCCCUCUCUCUCUCUCUCUCUCUCUCUCUCUCAGCUAUUGAUGAUACCAUGGAGAUUCCCAUGGAUAAUCUGUCCGAGGUCAAGCUGAUACUUUCUUAAUGACUGUUUAUGCAAAUAUUAAAGUUUG